AAGCUCUUUUGAGUCAACGUUUUCUUUCCCGUUAUCCCAAAGCUUCGCGCAAAAAUAGGGUCUUGUUUCUUGGAGCUGUUUCUGUUUCUAUAAAGAGUUAACCAACCAGUUUAUGGAUUCCCAUUCCAUACCAUACCACCCUAAAAAUCUUCGAUGUGGGAUAUUGUUUCCCGCCAAAAAUAAAUCAAUGCAUGAAUAAUCCAUAACACUUUCUCCGCCAUGAUCGCUCACCCAAUUUCUUCCUCUACCUUCUCACUCUCUUUCCUCUUCCUCUUCAUCUCAAUCUCUCUCUCUCUCCUCCAUUUCAAACCCUCCAUUUUCCUAUCUCAAACCCUAACCCUAAAUUCCUCACAAUCCGAUUCAAUUUCAUCCCCUCCGAUUCGAAACAAUUACAUCGUUCGGUUCCUCCAAUACAAGCCCGCGGAGGAGCACAGGGCUUAUCUCGAGUCCAAGAUCCGAUCCGACCGCUGGAAAUGGAUCGAGCGGAACAACCCGGCCGCCAAGUACCCCACCGAUUUCGGCUUGGUCUCGAUCCAGGAGUCCGCGAGAGAGAGUGUGAUCGGGGAGAUUCAGAGGUUGGGGCUGGUGAAGGAUGUGAAUGCGGAUUUUAGCUACAGGAGGAGGGAUUUGCUUGCGAAGAAGACGAAGUCUACGUCUAGGUCUAGGUCUAGGGCUGGGGCUAGUGCUAGAGUUGGUGCUUUCGUGGAUGGGAAGAAGCGACCAGGGAAAAUUUUCACAGCGAUGUCGUUUAGCGAGGGCGAGUAUCAUUCCCCGUUUAGCAAUUCUUCGAUUAGAUGGGGACGCCAGCUUUUUAUGCAGAGAUCUCAAGUCACUUCCAUGUUUGGAGCGGAUGCCCUUUGGUCAAAAGGGUAUACUGGUGCUAAGGUUAAAAUGGCCAUAUUUGACACUGGCAUUCGAGCUAAUCACCCACAUUUUCGUAAUAUCAAGGAGCGAACAAAUUGGACCAAUGAGGAUACGCUAAAUGACAAUCUUGGACAUGGGACAUUUGUUGCUGGUGUUAUUGCUGGUGGAGAUGCAGAGUGUCUCGGUUUUGCUCCAGAUACAGAGAUUUAUGCUUUUCGUGUGUUUACUGAUGCACAGGUAUCAUACACAUCAUGGUUCCUUGAUGCGUUCAACUAUGCUAUUGCAACCAAUAUGGAUGUACUAAAUUUGAGCAUAGGUGGACCUGAUUACUUGGAUCUCCCUUUUGUGGAGAAGGUUUGGGAAAUAACAGCAAAUAACAUAAUUAUGGUCUCUGCAAUUGGAAAUGAUGGACCACUUUAUGGCACUUUAAACAAUCCAGCAGACCAAAGCGAUGUCAUUGGUGUUGGUGGCAUUGACUACAGUGACCACAUAGCCUCAUUUUCCUCACGUGGCAUGAGUACUUGGGAGAUUCCUCAUGGUUAUGGUCGUGUGAAGCCAGAUGUUGUUGCAUAUGGACGGGAGAUUAUGGGAUCCAAGAUUAGUACUGGUUGUAAGAGUUUAUCAGGCACUAGUGUGGCAAGUCCUGUGGUUGCUGGUGUUGUAUGCUUGCUUGUUAGUGUCAUCCCUGAAAGCAGUCGGCAAGACAUUUUAAAUCCAGCCAGCAUGAAACAAGCAUUGGUUGAGGGAGCUGCGAAGCUAUCAGGUCCCAAUAUGUAUGAGCAAGGUGCAGGCAGAGUUGAUCUGUUAGAAUCAUUUGAAAUCCUUAAGAACUACCAACCGCGGGCAAGCAUCUUUCCUGGUGUUCUGGAUUAUACAGAUUGCCCGUACUCCUGGCCUUUUUGUCGUCAACCACUCUAUGCAGGUGCCAUGCCUGUCAUCUUUAAUGCCACUAUUCUUAAUGGGAUGGGUGUAAUUGGCUAUGUCGAAAGCCCCCCAAUGUGGCAUCCUUCCAAUGAUGAAGGGAAUCUUUUAAGCAUUCACUUCACAUAUUCGGAGGUCAUCUGGCCUUGGACUGGUUAUCUAGCACUUCACAUGCAAAUUAAGGAGGAAGGUUCCCAGUUUUCUGGAGAGAUUGAAGGCAAUGUCACUCUUCAGGUUUACAGUCCACCUCAAGGAGAGAAGAGCCCUCGAAUCAGUACAUGUGUGCUUCAUUUAAAGUUGAAAGUGGUUCCAACACCACCAAGAUCCAAACGAAUUUUAUGGGAUCAGUUCCACAGUAUCAAGUAUCCUCCUGGUUACAUACCAAGAGACUCUCUAGAUGUUCGUAAUGACAUUCUCGACUGGCAUGGAGAUCACCUGCAUACAAAUUUUCACAUUAUGUUCAACAUGUUACGAGAUGCGGGAUACCAUGUUGAAACUCUUGGUUCUCCUCUUACAUGCUUUGAUGCUAGCCAAUAUGGAACACUUCUGAUGGUAGACCUUGAAGAUGAGUACUUUGAGGAGGAGAUUGAGAAACUGAGGGAUGAUGUCAUUAAUACUGGGUUGGGGCUGGCUGUGUUUGCUGAGUGGUAUAAUGUGGACACAAUGGUUAAAAUGAGAUUUUUUGAUGAUAACACACGCAGCUGGUGGACUCCAGUUACUGGAGGUGCAAAUGUUCCAGCAUUGAAUGAUCUUUUGGCUCCAUUCGGGAUUGCUUUUGGAGAUAAGAUUCUGAAUGGUGAUUUUUCUAUUGACGGUGAGCAAAGUCGAUAUGCAUCUGGAACAGAUAUUGCGAGGUUUCCUGCAGGUGGUUUUGUGCACAGCUUUCCUUUCCUGGAUAGCUCGGAGAGUGGGGCCACUCAAAAUGUAUUGUUGACUUCUGGCAUGACCAAGGCGGACUCUCCCAUUCUUGGCCUUCUAGAUGUUGGCGAAGGUCGCAUUGCAGUAUAUGGAGACUCCAAUUGUUUGGACAGCAGUCAUAUGGUUACUAAUUGUUAUUGGCUUCUGAGAAAAAUAUUAGACUACACUAGUGGGAACAUCAGAGAUUCGGUGCUUUUCGCUGAUUCAGUUAAAAAAGAUGCUGCCCUCUAUGUAGAAGACCACCAAUUACCUUCUCGCAGAACUGAUGUAAAUUUCUCAACAUAUUCUGCUGUUGUGGGAAAGGAAUUGGUCUGUAGGAGUGACUCCAGAUAUGAAAUAUGGGGGACAAAGGGCUACAACUUACAGGUUAGAGGAAGAAACAGAAGAUUGCCUGGUUAUCCAGUCUUUGAUUUGGGGAGAGGUUUAAAUUCUACAGUUGGCAAUUCCAAUUUGAGGCGACCCAAGCCAUCUGUGAAAAAUAAGAGCGAGGUAAGAAACAAAUACAUUGGUCAGAUGCUCUUUUAUCUUUCGCAGCUUGACAUGCCUGUGCUAGUUGCUAGUCAUUGGCUUGUUCCUGCAGUAGUUGCUGUUACUGGUCAGUCUUCUGUUAUUGUUGAGCUUCUGGCGAAUUCGACAGAAGCGACGUCGACGAAGGAAAGGAUCUGGCUCUGGUCGGUUUCCCAAUCUAUAGUAUGGAAUUGUUCGAGUUUCUGUAGCUGAAUCCUGAAUCAUUGUUACACCAGCUCAAAAUUUCUGUUGUAACAUUGUGUUACCCAUAUCUGAGAGUUUUUUUUUUUUUUUUGUUGGCAUCAUCACAGGAAAUUAGUUUGUAUUCUUCUUAGAUUUGUAGCAUCACACAAAUUUUAUGUAGUGAAACUAUGCAGUCAAGGAAACGGCCUAGUUUACAGCUACUGUAGAGCAAAUGUUGAGAGUUAAAAUUCUGUAAAGAAAAGAUUAAGCAUAAUCAUAGAUCCCUUCAGAUAGAGGCUUCCUAGAACAA